UCUACACACACUGACGCACCAUGACUAACUUUUCCUGCAUCUGCACCGUGUGGAUCAGUGCCUGGGUGGACCUCCUCUCUGCAGAACCUGAGAUCAGUGUAUCUGGCCCAGUGGGUUCUACAGCUGUCCUGCCGUGUCAACUGACGAGUGUAGACACUGACAGACUGUACAUUAGAUGGAAAAUCAUGUCUGAGAUUGUGUUUGAGCGAGUGGGUGUGGCCUCGUAUCAGGGUGAGGGAUAUGAGGGUCGUGUGGACGUUCCUGUGGAGGAGCUGCGUAAGGGGAACUGUUCACUGGUGUUACACAAUCUGACAUUUACUGAUACAGGAGUCUACACCAGCUACCAGACAGUGAGACACACCAAGAGAUCUGUCCGUGUUAGGAGAGGAACAGUCCUGAUCAACAGUGUUAAUCUCUCAGUCUAUGGUGAGUGAGUUAGUGUCAGUAGAACACACACUCACUAUU